UUGCAAUAAAGAUCUGAACUUGAGAGAGAGAGAGAGAGAGAGAGAGAGAGAGAGAGAGAGAGAGUAGGGUUUUGGGUUUAGAAUCAGAAACUGCUGCUGAAGAAAAUGUUGAGAUCCCUUUUUUGGAGAUCGCAAAAUGCGACUCGGAACCUCGCCGUGACUCGAUUCUCGAAGAAGAAGACCCAGACUCCAUCGCUAAACUCCAUUUCCAGAUUCUCAUACCUCGAGUCGUCUGGAAAUGCUUCUACUCGAAACAUCAGGUUCUUCUCCGGGAGCCCUCCUACGGAAGAGAACCCAGUCUCGUUACCCACGGAUGAGAUGCCAAUCUCGUCAGCCGCAGAGCUUACUCUUGAAAAAUCGAAUCUUUCCGAUUUGGGUGUUGCAGAAAGUGGUGAUUUUGAUGUAAAUGGUGGUCUCUCUGUUGAAGCCAUUGGUGGUGUUGGUGAAGAUGGAGAUUCAGAGAUUGUUGCGAUUGAAGCUUCUGAAGAUGGAUCCGUUGUAGAAAAGGGGGAUUCUCAGGUUAGCGAGGUGUACCAAUUUGAUGACGAAAAGUUAGAAUCUGUCCUGUCUCUGUUACGGAGUGAUGAGGAAUCUUUGGAGGUUGGUCUUAAGGCGCUUAAUGUAGACUUGCACUUAGAUUUUGUGGUAAGAGUGUUUGAAUCCCCAGGAAUUUCAGGUAAGAAUCUGAUUAGGUUUUUGAAAUGGGCAACUGAGAAAGAAGAGAUUACUGUUACCACCUCGCUUGUGGAAUCUAUUCUUGUAGCUAUUACUAGUGAUACACGUAGAAUGGAUGCUUAUAGUUUGUGGGAUUUGGUUAAGGAGAUUGGUGAGAAGGAGAAUAGUUGUGUUUUGAAUUUGGAGAUAUUGAAUGAAUUGAUUGCCUUGUUUGGGAAAAUUGGUAAAUCCAAAGCUGCUUUUGAUGUGUUUACUAAAACCGAAGAGUUUGGCUUUACUCCGAAUGCGAAAACAUAUUAUUUGACAUUGGAGGCGCUUUGUAAGCGGUCGUUUAUGGUUUGGGCAUGCUCUGUAUGUGAGAAAAUGCUUGAGAGUGGUGUGUUGCCAGAGGGAGAACAGAUCGGUAACAUCAUAACUUGGUUUUGUAAGGAAGGGAAGGCUGAAGAGGCUUACUCAGUUUACGAAUUGGCCAAGACGAAAGAGAAAUUCCCUCCUCCUAGAUCUGUGGCUACUCUGAUAAGUGCUCUUUCUAAGAACGAUGGGACUAUUACGUUUGCUCAGGAGCUGUUGGGUGAUUUGUCUGGAGAAGCUAGGCGACAAGGGAUAAAACCAUUUUCUGAUGUUCUCCAUAGUUUAUGCAGGAUGAGAAAUGUUAAAGACGCUAAAUCUUUGCUUUUGGAUAUGAUUUCUAAAGGGCCUGCUCCUGGGAAUGCGGUUUUCAAUUUGAUUGUCCAUGCUUAUUCGAAAUCUGGAGAUCUGGAUGAAGCUAAAGAGGUUUUGAAGUUGAUGGAGAGUAGAGGUUUGAAACCAGAUGUGUACACAUACACUGUCAUCAUUAGCGGUUAUGCUAAAGGAGGGCUGAUGAGCGAAGCUCAAGAGAUUCUCGCAGAGGCGAAGAAGAAGCAUAAGAAGCUUAGUCCUGUGACAUAUCACGCACUUAUCCGAGGUUAUUGCAAGAUUGAAGAAUAUGACGAAGCUCUGGAACUUUUGAAAGAAAUGGAUCGUUUUGGGGUGCAGCCUAAUGGUGAUGAGUACAAUAAGCUGAUACAAUCAUUUUGCCUGAAAGCUUUGGAUUGGAAAAAAGCAGAGAUGCUGUUUGAGGAGAUGAAGCAGAAAGGCUUGCACUUGAAUGCGAUUACUCAGGGGCUUAUAAGGGCAGUUAAAGAGAUGGAAUCUGAAGCCAAGGUAACGGAAAAUGGAAACUUACUUGCUGCAGCAUAAAAUUUCGAUCCGAUACUUGUCAAAGUUCUAACAUUGUGGACUAGCUUUUGAAGAUGUUUUUCUUGGUUUGAAAUCCCGGAAGAUACCUGGUUUGUUCUUUUGUUACUGGAAUCAAUCUUUUGUACUCCAGUAUUCCCCAAUAAGCCUUUACAGUGUUCAAUCAAGAUUUUUUUUUUAUAGCUUUCAAGAAGUGAUUCAGUUUACCAUGGUCAUUGUUCUGUUUGUAUUUGGUUUUCUAGUAAGAUAGCAUCUUUUGAUUUUAGCUCA